CAGCAUCAUCAUCAUCAUCACCACUCGCUUUGUCACCAAGAUGUACACAGCCCUUCUCAUGCAGGUCAAUCAUCAUCAGGAUCAUCAUCAGCAUCAUCAUCACCAUCAUCAUCACCACUCGCUUUGUCACCAAGAUGUACACAGCCCUUCUCAUGCAGGUCAAUCAUCAUCAUCAGCAUCAUCAUCACCACUCGAUUUGUCACCAAGAUGUACACCGCCCUUCUCAUGCAGGUUAACCAUCAUCAGCAUCAUCAUCAUCAUCAUCAUCACCACUCGCUUUGUCACCAAGAUGUACACAGCCCUUCUCAUGCAGGUCAAUCAUCAUCAUCAGCAUCAUCAUCGUCACCACUCGCUUUGUCACCAAGAUGUACACCGCCCUUCUCAUGCAGGUCAAUCAUCAUCAUCAGCAUCAUCAUCACCAUCACCACUCGCUUUGUCACCAAGAUGUACACAGCCCUUCUCAUGCAGGCUGCUCGUGAGUUUCCGGGAUUCAACCUCGAGGCGGUGAACAACCACGAUGGACUCACCCCACUCAAGAUGGCCGCCAAGAUGGGCAAGAUCGGGAUCUUUGGCCACAUGUUACGUCGCGAGGUUGCCGACCCGCGUGUCCGCCACCUCUCCCGCAAGUUCACCGACUGGGCCUACGGUCCGGUCUUCUCGUCCCUCUAUGACCUGUCCAGCAUCGACACCUUCAGCGAGAGCAACUCGGUGCUGUCCAUCAUCGUCAACGGAGGCAACAUCCAGAACCGACACGAGAUGCUCAGCAUGGAGCCCCUGCACGAGCUGCUUGAGGACAAGUGGGCAAAGUUUGGGGGCUGCCUGUUCUACCUCAGCCUGGCCGGAUACCUCGCCUACCUGGUGGUCUUCACCCUCGUCGCCUACCACAGGCCCACAGGACCCACGCUGUCACUGGAAUACUCAACACGUCACGACUACUUCCGUCUGGCCGGAGAAAUCAUCACGGUGCUGGGAGCUGCCCUUCUCUUCUUCAUGGAGGUCAAGAAUUUGUGUCUAAGGCACUGUCCCAGUUUUCAGACGAUGCUUGUGGAUGGCUCUUUCCAGUUGCUCUUGUAAGUACACAGA